GGUUCCAUACGGAUGAUCGCUGCCGCAGUCUGGCGCGGAGUUCAGUAGGCUGCUGGCGGCGGCUCGAGGAGGUUCCGUACCGCUGAUCUCUGUCCCAGUCUGGCGCGACCGGCGAGUCGAGACGUCGCUCCGUGCUGAAGUCGGCGGCUGUUCCGCGCCGACUCGCACCGUCGGAAUUCGGCGGUUCUGCUGCGCUGACUGCCCGUGUCGGAGGGUCGGCGGCGCGGCUCGUGUCGGCGCGUGCCCGGGAGGACUCGUGACCCGUGUCGGGGCGUGCCCGGGAGGAAUCGCGGCUCGCGUCGGGGCGUGCCCGGGAGGACUGGCGACCCGGCGAGAUGCGUGCUCUGAUGCUCGUGCUCGGCCUUUUCGUGACGGCGGCGCUGGCGCAGGCCGAGCGAACCCCUGUGAAGCGGGAACCCCCCAAGGAGGAAGCGUUUGUGGCCAAGUGUCGCAGUCAAUGUGCCGCCCAGCUGACGUCCGACCACUCCCGGGACAGUUGUCUCGAGCAGGAGGAGUGUCUUCGGUGCUGGGCUUCAUGCCAGGCGUUCCAGAGUGACCACUUCAUCAGGGACUACUGUGAACGCAACAAAGCCUGCACGGCGGGCUGCCGCCAGGCGUGCCGGUUCUACCUGGCGCCGGGCGGGCCAGCCGAGGUCACAGAGGAUCACCCGGAGGUGGUCCUGGUGGACCACGUGCAGGGCGCCCUGCCCGAGACGCCCGCCUACAGCAUAGUGGACGGCGAAGAGGCCGGCUGGAGCGGAGCAGCCGGUCUCGGGGUGGAGCUCCCCGGAGGUGCGGAACCACAGACGGACACCGAGGCGCGCUGGCCGCUGCGGCUGGCCGCCAUGCGGUUCGGCUCGCCGCUCGUCUCGGCUACGGUGGCCUGGGAGUCGCGCGGCGCCGGCGUGCAGUACCUGGCCACCUGGGAGCUGCUGUCGGGCGGCCUGCGCGGCCACCUGGUGUCGGCCGACACCUCGGCCAGCCUGCCGCUCUGGCCGGACGAGCAGUACCUGGUGCAGGUGUUCAGCAACGGUGCCGCUAGUCAGCCGCUGCUGGUCAGCACCAGCCGAUCGGCGGCGCCGCCCGAGUCCGCCAGCCAGCUGAGCCCGUCGCUCCCGGACCCAGCUGAGGCGGACGUCAGCGGACAGCCGGCGGUGGCCGAUCGGUCCCGGCCGCCGGCAACGCCGCUACCCGAGUCAGCACCCGAGGAGGGCUGCCUGCCGCGCGCGCUGAGAGUGCGCCUGCUGGCGUUGCUGCUGCUGGCGCUGGGCUGCGCGGCGGGUGUAUUUGCCUCCUGGUGCUGUCUCCGUCGCCUUCGACAGCUGGCGGCGGCCGCCGACGCCGACCCCGCACCCGACUCUGACCCCUACUCCGAAACCGAGUCGGUCUGCGACUCGGUACUGGAUGCGGACGCGGAGGCCGGCGGCGAGCGACGGACGCUGCUGGCUCGCGGUCUACUGAGAUUGCCGCCGCAGGUGCUGGCCGACCCGCGCAGCGCGCCCGUCUUCACCGUGCCGCGUAUCAAGCGGUGAGCCGCUGAGGACGCCACGGCAGUGGCGCACCGGCGGACGGCGCGAGACAACCAAAGAGGUGUUACUGUUCUGUUGAGGCUGUGACGUGUUUUGUUACGGUGGUCCCGGCUCGGGCCGCUCUGUGAUACCAUUUAGAGAGUUAGAAGCGCAGCGGGUACCGGCGCUGCUGCGAGCGUGGAGUGUGAAUGGAGCCACGGGCGUCAUUCCGCGCCUGUCGCAGAAUACAGUGCGUGUGGGUCCUACGUCACUCGGAUGUAAGCGUCGUAAGUUGUGGUAUUUUGUUGUUCAGACAAGUGCCUCCUUGUUGUCUCCAGCCGGUCAUCACUCGGCCUGGCAAUGAGCAGUUGUCUAGAAAUGCAGUCGAAGUGUCAGCAAGGUCAGAAAACCUAGGCGAAACUGUUGCAAAAUCCACUUACACCAUCGACGCAACAUGUGGUCGCACUGCCAGUGAUGCGAUUACCAGUCGAACCUACGCAUGCAUACACAUCACGGGAGCGAUAUGGGUUCAGCCUGUGCAUACCUCGCUCGCAUCGUGUAAAUA